AUGGAGGAAAUUGGCAUCGACCUCAAGUUGGAGGACCCUACGCUCGCGGCACAGCUGAGUGAGAAGCAGGCGCUGUACUCGACGCUUCCAAAGAACGACGACGAGCUCUACACCACCUGGCGUAAGCUCGAGGCCCACCGCGAGUUCCUCCAGCUCCAGGAGGACUACAUCCGCGACGAGACUAAGAACUUGCGGCAGGAGCUGCUCCGCGCACAGGAGGAGGUUAAGCGCAUCCAGUCCGUUCCACUUGUCAUCGGGCAGUUCCUUGAGGCUGUCGACGAGCGUCGCGGUAUUGUUGGGAGCACGACUGGCUCCAACUACGUCGUGCGCAUCCUGUCGACCCUCGACCGCGAGCUGCUCAAGCCCUCGAGCAGUGUCGCGCUGCACCGUCACUCGAAUGCCUUAGUCGACAUCCUCCCACCUGAGGCGGACUCGAGCAUUGCCAUGCUCGGUGCCGAUGAGCGCCCCGACGUCAAAUACUCGGACGUCGGUGGCCUCGACCAGCAGAAGCAGGAGAUUCGUGAGGCGGUCGAGUUGCCCCUCGUCCAGAUGGACCUCUACCGCAAGAUCGGUAUUGACCCUCCCCGCGGUGUGCUGCUUUAUGGUCCUCCAGGAACGGGUAAGACAAUGUUGGUGAAGGCGGUGGCGAACGCAACGACGGCGUCGUUCAUCCGUGUGGUCGGCUCCGAGUUUGUGCAGAAGUACCUUGGCGAGGGCCCGCGUAUGGUCCGCGACGUGUUCCGCUUGGCACGAGAGAACUCGCCGUGCAUCAUCUUCAUCGACGAGGUGGACGCGAUUGCGACGAAGCGUUUCGAUGCGCAGACCGGCUCGGACCGUGAGGUCCAGCGUAUUCUCCUUGAGCUGCUCAACCAGAUGGACGGCUUCGACCAGACGACCAACGUCAAGGUCAUCAUGGCGACGAACCGUCAGGACACGCUCGACCCCGCACUGCUGCGUCCUGGACGUCUCGACCGCAAGAUCGAGUUCCCAAACCCAUCGCGUCGUGAACGCCGCCUCAUCUUCCAGACGGUCACGAGCAAGAUGAACCUCAGCCCCGAUGUCGACCUCGAGGACUACGUCUCGCGGCCAGACAAGCUCAGCUCGGCGGAGAUUGCGGCAAUUUGUCAGGCUGCCGGUCUGCAAGCGGUGCGCAAGAACCGUUAUGUCGUCCUGCCCGUCGACUUUGAGGAAGCAUGGAAGUCCACCGUCAAGCGCUCCGAGGACCGUUUGGACUUCUACCGGUAG